AGGCGAGCAGCCAACGUGGUUGAGUUCUCAGUGCGGGGAUUGGGCCUGCUGUCAGGCAAGCUCACCAUUGAAGCCACGUACACUGUGUCCUCUCCAACUCGUGUGGACAUCAGAUUCGAGAGCUCCAGUAUUGUGCCAGAUCAGCUGAGCAAGCUGUUUGAGAAGAACUACGAUCUGCUGCUGCAAGUAUUCAACCCGGACGGAUGGCUCGAGAUAACCUAUGUGGACGACACUGUACGAAUCGGGCGUGACAAUAAGGGGAAUAUAUUUGUGGUGGAAAGGCAGGUGUCGCAACAAUAGGCUGGCAGUAAUCCGGCAUUUUCCAAAGCACAAAAUUGGGACAGGUCAGGCUAAUGGAGAAA